AUGGGCCCGUCUUCAGAAUCUUCUUCCUCAUCGUCAUCAUCUUCUAGGAGUGUCUCGCCAGAACCCCCGAAAUCUCAGGACCUCAAACGAAAAAGAAAAGAUCAUCCUGCACCAGAACCUGCUCAGGAUGAUUCUUCCUCAGAUGGUAGCUCAGAUUCAGACGAUUCAGACAAUGAGGAUUCAUCCGCACCUGCACUUUCGCAAGAGACGCCCGCGGUAGACGAACCUGUCCUCUCACACGCUGAGCGGCGACGACGAAAACGAGAAGCUCGCUUGGCCGCGAAGCGUGAGGCAGAAGGUGGCCCAGUACCGAAAAAGCGCAAGCUCAAAGACGGAAAAGCUGCCGCUGUGGAUGCAUCGAAGUCUUCUGGUGAUAAAUCAGCUCGGAAAAACUCGGUGUGGGUGGGCAACAUGUCGUAUAAGACGCAGCAGGAGAAUCUGCGGACGUUCUUCCAGUGGGUCGGUGGCGAGAUUACGAGGAUCCAUAUGCCUAUGAAGGAGGCUGAGAAGCCAGGGGUGAAGCCGGAGAAUCGAGGGUUUGCAUAUGUCGAUUUCUCGACACCUGAGGCGAAAAUUGCUGCGAUUGCCCUCUCAGAACAACCCCUGCUGGGUCGGAAAUUGCUUAUCAAGGAUGGCGAUAGUUUCGAAGGUCGACCAGCAGCCAUUGGCGAAAACGUCAUAACCGACUCUGCUGUCGCACACAAAACGCAUUCGAAAACGGCUCAGAAGAUCCUACGGAACCAAAAACAACCCGCCGGUCCAACACUCUUCAUUGGAAAUCUGCCUUUCGAGACGACGGUUGAGACAAUCCGGGAACUUUUUGAGUCUCAUCGCGAGACGAAGACAAAGGGGGAAGAGAAGAAGAGGAGCAAAUUCAAAGAUGAAGGAGGAGAGGAAAAAGAAGGAGGAGAGGGAAAGGGAGAAAGGAAAGAUGAAGAUGAAGGAGAGCAAAAGCCCAAGGACAAUUGGAUACGAAAAAUCCGCAUGGGUACCUUCGAAGACACUGGGCACUGUAAAGGCUUCACUUUCGUCGAUUUCACGUCCGUAGACCACGCGACGUCCGCCCUCAUCAACCCUCGAAACCACCACCUGAACGGCCGCGACCUGGUUGUGGAAUACGCCAGCCCAGACGCCGUCCGCCGGGGUGCUCCCAAAGACGCCAAGCCUGCGGGUGGAGGUGCGCCGCAGAAAACAAAACGAGGAUUAUCUGCAGGGUACCACCGCACGAAAUCCAAGCUGGCUGUACGCUCUGUGCCCAGGCGACCACAGGACAUUGCUGCGAAAGAAGCGGCUAAGAAGGCUGAGGAGGCACGCAAUGCGAGGAAAGGCCUUCCCAAUCCCUCACCCUCGAAGGCCGAAGGCUCAGAUGCCACAGUUAGGCAUAAAGGACCCAAGUCUCGUCCCAGACCUGGAGCUGCGUUGGCACUCGCAAAACGCGAGUCUGCUGCCAUCGUCGCAAGUCAGGGACAGAAAAUCACCUUCUAG